AUGACGCCUACACCAGCUGCGCCUGAGCCUAGUUCUAAUACUACCGCCAAUGCCAAUCGCCCCGGUCAGCCGCGCAAACGCACCCGCACCGGCUGCUUGAAUUGCAGUCGCAGACGACGAAAAUGUGACGAAGCAAAGCCGACAUGCACGGGAUGCAAGCGUCGCGGCGAGAAAUGCCAAUGGCGCAUGCUGGGGUCGUUUCGCGAUGCCAAUCUGAAGGUCUUGGGGCCGGAGCAUCCGUCUAUGAAUCAGGGUGCUGGUGGGAGAGGGGGUAGGCAGAGUAAGUUCAAGAUUUUGAAUGUCGUGCCCUCGGCAUCGUCGUCGGCAUCCCGACGGAGGAAACAUGACGUUUCGGGCUCGGCAUCAGGAUCGGGCCAAUUUCAUAUUGACAAGAGGGAGGUGAAUGCGAAUGCGAGUACAACCGGCAUCUCAUACCACCCACCUCAAUCCUUCAAUCCUCACUCACCAUCCGACACCAUCCAACUCGACGACACUUCCACCACCAACCAGCCCUAUCUCCACUCAAGCCCUGAAUACGUCGUCGACGAGCUCGGCGCUCUCCAGGCUCUUCCACACAACCCGGGCCCGUCCUUCACUAGCGCCUCAGCCCCAGAGCCCUAUCAGACCAUCGCCUCGCCGCUCUUCGAUCACAGCGUCUUCUCGGACCCGGCGAAUUUCACGAAUGAUGUCUUCCUGCCGGGCUCGGCGUAUGAGGCGCUUCACACGGCGCUGCGGAAUCGUCAGCUGUGGACCGCCAGGUCGGAUAUCCCGAGUCGGCGCAGCUCACCAGAGGUUCUGGGACGGGGGUUUCGCGGCAUGACCCCAUCCGCGAAUGAGAUGGUGGAUCGAGAUGUUCGUUCUGGCCCGGGACCAGGUCGGUACUUUGAGUUAUCGUCAGAGAGAGAGAACGUGUUGUGGCAGAAUUAUCUGAACGAGAUUUGCUUAUGGCUCGACAUGUUCGACAACCACCGCCACUUCGCGUCCACAUUCCCGCAAAUGGCCAAGUCCGCGCCUCACCUCCGGUACUCCAUCCUCGCUCUCUCCGCGCGCCAGAUCGAACGCAAACAGAACGAAAAGUCCCAGUCCGAAAGCCUCUCGCUGUACCAGGAGGCUAUCCACUUGCUGCUUCCAGAGCUGGAAAGUAAAUCGACGCCGGUUAUCGCAUCGUGCGUGAUUCUGUGUGUGCUGGAGAUGCUAAGUUGCAACCCCAAAGAAUGGCGUCGUCAUCUAGACGGCUGCGCGUAUCUGAUCCAAGCGGCCGAGAUAAACGGCUUCUCGGGGAAAGAGGAACAGGCUCUUUUCUGGUGUUUUGCGAGAAUGGACGUCUGCGGCGGCCUCAUCUCGGAAGAAGAAACCAUCAUCCCCAUGACGCACUGGAUCCCCAAGACCAUGGACCCGCGCGAGGCCAGCGCCCUGUUCCUCUCGUCCUCGGACGUGUGCACCUUCGACACCUACGCGAAUUACACCGUGUAUCUAUGCGCGCAGACGCUGGGGGUUUUGUUCGGCGCGUCGACAGCCCCCCAGCUCCCUGUGUCUGCGUCUCCGUCUUGCGUCUCGUGUCAGUAUCUAGGGAGUCCGAGGGACGAGGGGGAGUCGUAUCUGGUACGGUGGAAGAGGCUGUUCGAUUGCGUGGAGGAGUGGUAUGCGAAGAGACCGUGCCAGAUGAAGAGUAUUUUUAGCGUCGCAGCAGGGGGGCAGGGGUGGCGCAGGGAAAGGGGAGGGGAGAGGGAGAGGCCGUUCCCGACGGUGUUGUAUGGGAAUGGGUCGGCUAUCUCAGGGAACCAGCUCUACCAUGUCUGCGCGCUGCUUUUGUUGCAGCGGAAGCCGAAGACGCUGGCGUUGGCGAGGAGGCCGAAGUCCCCCCUCUGGCACGCACGCCAAAUCUGCGCCAUCUCGGCUUCAAAUACACAUCAUGGCUGCUGGACCAACGCCCUCCAACCGCUUUGGGUCGCCGGAAAAGCAAUGUCUCAUUACUCAGAGCACGCUGCGAUCGUGGACACGCUGACGCGUAUCGAGCGCGAGACGGGGUGGGCAACGGCGUGGCGGGUGGAAGAUUUGAAGGAUUUUUGGGGAGAUGAUGAGGUGGAUGGGGAUUGGGAGGGGGAAGUUGAACGCGGAAUGAAGGGUUCGACAUGA